AUGAAAUCCCACUCACCUGGCUUAACCUUUCUUGACCUAACUUGCUCGAUCAAGGAGUCCCAGAACUCCUGGUGGGCGGCUCGUGUGGACCCUGAGACCGCCACCGCCGUCACUGCCGUGCGUGUCUUGGGGCGCUGGGACUGCUGCCACGAGCGUUUGGAUGGCUGGGAGGUGAGGGUGGGCUUUGACCCUGACGUGCUUCGAAACCCUCGCUGCGGCACAGUACAAAGUCCAUUGGCUGCGGGCGGACGACGCACCAUACACUGCGGUCAAGCGAUGGUCGGAGACAUGGUGGGAGUGGUCCUACCCAGUGGAGAGCCAUUGACCUUGUGUGAGGUGGAGGUCUUUGGGCCCUAUCGUUGGUAA